CUUUGUGAGGUUACUUCACAACUCAUUUCCUCGUCCUAACAGGAAAGAAAAUACACGAGUGGUAAGAGGUGGGCACGCAGCCCACAAGUUCACAGCCCUUUUCCAAAUAUCAACAAUUAUCCUAGACCUAGUUCAACAAACCGUCCCAAAUCGCCAUCGCCCCUCUGGGUUCUCUCUCUCUCUCUCUCGAUUUAGAUAAUGAGAUGAUAUCAUACUCAAUUCAGAGGAAGCGAAAGAGAUUGGUUAGGCGCAUUAAGAACGAGCAUCACGAUUUAAAACCACUAUCCCGUUUUCUUGAAGAAGUAGAUGAAGACAUACUGUUGGAGAUAUUUGUUCGCCUCCCGAACUAUCGGUCUGCCAUUCUCUUUGCCGCUGUCUGUCACAAGUGGCAGUCUUUAAUUUCGAGGCCACGUUCUAUUAGUAGAUUCAUAUCACAUCAUAAUGAACACAAGGACCGCUAUCCACAACCAUGCACAAUCAUAUUUCAUAGAGCCUAUUAUUUGGGUUAUCUUAACGAGCGCUUUACUCUCCCACAUUUUCAACCAAUUUGCAAGCUUUCUUCACAGGACUCAAUGUUUCUUCGUCAAACAUCAAAUACUGCUACUAAUUAUUUGGACUUCUUGCCUUCGCCAAUGGCCAUAAGAGCAUCCUGCAAUGAUUUAUUGCUUGUCUCCCCUCAUCUCAGCUGUUGGAAACAUCUCUACUACAUUUGCAAUCCAAUAACAAGACAAUUUCAUCGGCUCCCGAAGAUAGCUCCAACUGUUCGGGAUUUGUAUACUGUUGGUCAGGCAUUAAUAUGCAUGCCUGACAACGAAUUUAAGGUCGUUGUUCUUGAUAAGUCUCAUAUGCCGCUUCCAAUUGUGGAAGAAGAUGAAAUAUCUUCCCACCGUGUUUAUAGCGAAGUGAGGAUAUUUUCUUCCAAGACAGGAACGUGGGAAAGUAAAUGCUUGGAGUAUCCGACGACCCGUGACCGAUGGUGGGUUUAUUGGGUAGAAAUGAUUACGUGCCCAAUCUCUGGAGUCGUGUAUUGGUUGGAGCAAGACUAUAAUAUGGAUAGGGUUCUUUCAUUAGACUUGCGAAAUGAAAGUAAAGUCGGUAUUGUAGACUUUCCUGACGAUUAUUGGUGGCACCCGAUGAGUGCAACGGAUGUACGGAAAAGUCAGAAGAGAAGUGGAAUUAAGGGUGAUCACGUCAAAAGUCAGAUUGGGGUUGUGAGUGGUGAAUUGUGGUUGCUACAAUUUGUUUCCACCAUAGUGAAAGGAAUGAUUAAUCUUAAGGUGUGGAGAUUAAAUAAUUGUAGUAAGUGGAUUCUAGUUGAGGACAGAAAAAAUUUGAAAGAUCCCAUCAACGAGGAGGCGGCGGCGGAGGAGUUUGUGGGUGGUUUUACUCAUCCAUUGAAUAAUGAAGCACUCAUUUUGGUGUGGGGUAGAAAUAUUGUUGAAUAUAAAUUAACGGAUGGAACCGUUGAGAUAUUAGGUGUGCUUCAAGAAUACAUUAAUCUUAGUGAGUUUGCGUGGUAUAUGGAUGAGCGUCUUGUGUGCACUCCUAUGAUGCUUCCCACCUGGCCUACGACACUUCCUGCCUCCAAUCCGUUCAAGAAGUCGCCAUUUGAUUGGGGCGCAAGUCUGAUGCCCGACGGAGGUAAGGCGUCGGAUGGAGACGGGGAGGAGGCCGACGGCGGCGAGUCGACAGAUGUCGGGGAAGGAGAAAGAGGCGGGGUGGCGACGUGGCAGACGCCGUCGGGGCCGCGGAAGGAGAAUUUGGUGUGUAGAAGAAAGACGAAGAAAAUAGGGAUCGACAAUUGCUAA